GGGCUGGAGGAUGUGAGGUUUCUCUAAGAGGUCACAACUUAGGGGAUGCCGGGAAGAACGGCAACUGUGACGCGCUUUGAUAAGCAACUGGUGAGCACAGGGUACACUGUGACGGUACUUCUCCGAGUAUACAUAGAUGAGGACUUGACAGCGAGGGAGUGCCAACUACGAGCCAGGGAUUUGAUCCGCGAGCAUAGGGCUGAUGUGCUGGCGCAGGUGACCUUCCAGACCUCGAUUUUCUAUAAUGUGAUGGUAUGGCCUCAUGGUUAUAUGCGCGUGGAGCACUACCACGAUGAGACGGUAGCAGAGGCUAGAGCGAGGGUAAAGGAGUUUGGGAACAAGAUAAGGGAGAUCGGGUCGUGCCAUGAUGAGGGCAAGCUGCGUAGGGUUGAGCUCAUGACGAAAGAGUUAGAGAGUUUGUUCAGGGAGGAUAGAGAGAUUAUCCAGGCGUGGAGAUCAGACUUUCUGGUGAGGGUAAAGGCUAGGAACCUAUCACGCGAAGGAGCUAGGGAGAAGUCUGCAGAGGACAUGACAACGGAGGACAAGCGUGCUGAUUCGCGGGGGUGGUAUGACCGAGGAGAUCGAUGCAAUGAGUCGCGCGGACGAUACGACCAUGGGGACCGCCGGAAUGACUCACGGGGACGACAUGAGCAAGGAGGAUCCGGAGGAGACCGCCGCAAUGAUUCGCAUGGCCGGAAUGAGAGAGGGGGAUAUGGCGCGUCAUCCGAUCCACAUACAAAGUCCCCUGACCCCAGAGCAGCGAGGGGUUCGACCUCUAGGAGCGCAGACGACAAGCCACCCACUCCCAGGAACUCUUGCGUCUACUGUAGAGGAGAUGAUCAUAUCAAGAGAGACUGCCCGGAUCUCAAACGGGCAAUAGAUGAGGGACUUGUCGUGCUUGAUGACCGCAAGUACGUCAAGUGGGCAGAUGAUCUGGGAGACGUAUCAAUGUUUCCUUCGAUGAAGGAGAAUGUAGAAGCAAGUAGAGUAAGGCCGAGUAAAGGAAAGAAGCCAGUUAGGGGCCAGAGCAUCAAGAUAACUUUCGAAGGAGAUAUGGCAACCACACCCAUAAGGGUGGCAGCUACCAAGUCGGCGAGAGGGUCUACAUCGAAGAAGACUUACACGGAUUACGUGAUGGCGGAGAAGGAUGGACAGCGGAUCGAUGGAGAGGAGGUAAUUCUUUCACCGCGAAAGCGGGGAGUGAAGAAGUUUUUGAUGAAGAGUUCGCGGGAUGAGAUUGACACGGUCGAGCCACUGAGACGAGCCCUUCGGCAGCCCAUGCAGUGCUCAAUUCUAGAGUAUCUGGCAGCAUCCAAGCCAGCUCGCGACGAGUUACAGAUGAUCACGCGGAAGACUCGCAUACCUCUAUCAGAGGAGGUUCAGGUGGCCCCAAAGGCGGACGCUCCUACUGUGGCAGUAUCGGAGGUGACUGCUAGAGCAGAUCGCAUGGCGACAGUCCUUCUUGAUGGGAUGGAAGGUGUGCCUCCAGACAAGUUUUACAUACUUCGUAGUGGGACAGUGGAGGCGAUCCUAAAUGACAGAGCGAUUUUAGAUGCUGUGAUCGAUAACGGCAGUGAGGCUGUCAUUAUAGACGAGGAUCUAGCAGAGCGAGUUGGACUGGGACUCGAUAGGUCAUACUUAUUCGAGAUAGAGACGACUGAUGGGAAAAAACAACAGAUCACCGAGGUUUGUCACAAGGCAGCCAUAGAGGUCCAAGGGGUACGAGUGACCCUGCCGGUCUUUGCAGUCAAGAACUGCAGCUCUGACCUGCUCUUGGGACAGACGUGGCUGAGUCAUGUACAUGCGGUAACGAUAGAGCGACCGGAUGGGAGCCAGACACUGUCCAUUAAGAAGCUAGAUGGGGCGCGGAUAAUGAUUGAGAUGGUGGAGCCUCGAGACCCGAGGAACAGGGCAACUCUCGCUGUGGAAGCAGGACCCAAUGAUCGGAUUAAGUCAUUACCUAUCUCCGGCCCGCAGUGCGAUUUCGCGAGAAGAAAUAUGGAUUUUUGCUCAUAGAAGAAGAAGGCCGGAUUGUAGAAGUGGAGGAUUUAGGGAGUCGGCUGAUAGUGGACGACAACUUGUAUCC